AUGACUCAGCUGGCCGACACCUUGCUGUCACAUCCCUUGCCGCGCAGCGACGAUGGCAAGCUUGCCGUUCGUACCCCAUCAGAGAGCCCCAGCCGCAGCCGCAGCCCGGCCAAGUCUGAAAAGCAGACGCUCCCAAUCAGGAGCCGGGACAGCCGCCGGAUCGAUAGCAAUUCACCUGGAUGGUCUGAUUCGGAGAUCCGCCCUGUUCGAUCACUGUCGGCCCCGUCAAUGAUCUGGCAUGGCCAUCAUCCUCACGAUUCACACCAGCCAGAAAACCCUCGUCGAUUCCCGUCAGCUCCGCCACAGAAGCGCGAGACAAAGAGCUCUGGCGAGAUGGUUGAUUUCCAGCCGCUCAGUGCGACCGCCAGGAAUCACCUCGGACGGAUUCUGCAGGGUCAGUUUGGGAUGCAGGAGGAUGGACUGGACGAGCCAGUGCCGUCAUCGCCUGUGGGAAGGAGAAAGGUCAGGGAACCGGUGGAGUUGGCAGAGCUUUCAAAGAAGAAGGAUUUUAUUCAUCGACUCGUGGAGAACCAGUGUUUCGUGGGGGGUUUCAUGGUGCUCACGCUCUUCGCCCUCUUCGUCCCGGAUCUCGACCUGCUCCUGGGCACCGCGGAGACCCAGCAGCUCCUGAGUGUGGUGAUGACCGUUGCCUGCUUCCUCUUCCUCAUUGAGAUCGUCGUGCAGUGCUUCGGGAAGAAGGGGUAUGUUUUUGGAGCAUACUUCUGGCUGGAUGUGAUCGCCUUGAUCUCGCUGCUGCCGGACACAUGGCUCUUCAAAGCCGUGUUUGAGUCCAACCAGGCCUUUGUUGCUGGCCGGUCCUCGCGUCUGGCGAGGCUGCUGCGAGUUGCCUCACGUUCCUCGAAGGCGACGAGACUGAAUCGGCUGACCCGCAUCGUCCGCGUGGCCGCUCUGAUGCCAAGGCUUGGCAAAGUUUGUUCCAAGCGCGCCAAAGUCAACGACACAAAUCGUGUCCUCGACAAGAAGUUGAGACGAGUCUUCAACUUUUUGGACAGUGAUAUGGAUGGGCUGGUCUCACGUGACGCAGUGCCGAGCGUGGUGGCGGAGCUUAAGGCAGGAGAUGCGUCAGACGAGCAGGUCGCCCUUGUGAACCUCAUGAAGUCCAAGGUUGCGAGCACGCUCGGUGCCAUGAGACGUCUGGGCACGAAGGCGAACCGGUCAGAGCACGUCUCCGAGGGUGCCAGGUCGAAGGCAUCACAGCGGCUGGAGUUUGACUUCGAGCCAGAAUCGCCCAAUCCAUCGCAAGCUACUUCCGGACCAGGUCCAUUGGAUGCGCUUCCAACGCCCUGUUGCAGCGAGAAUCAGAGCAUUCCGCCCAAACCGGAAAGCAGCCAUGCCAGCCCUCGUCGGCGGUCGCCGCUCAGCCGGGCGCACACAGUGCAGGCCAGGAUGAAGGUGAGUCUGGCAACGAGCACGGCAUCCCAGCUAACAAAGCAAACGCCGGAUGAGGAGGAAGAGGAACUGGGUCUUGUUGAUUUCCAGGAUGCUUGGCUUGCAACAGACUCGCAGCAUGCAGAUGCAGCCGAAGGAAGACACACUCUGAAACGCUACGGGCUGUGCUUGCACGUGGCUGUUCUGUUUCCCAAGGCGUUCAAAGAGCUGAUGUUGGAAGACAAAUGGGUGGAAGAGAAGCUCCGCCGCUCCUGUGAGCAGCAGCUUAAGCAGGCGAGCAACAUGAAGAACCUUACCUCACGGCACGCAGAGAUCUGGCUGAAGUUGCAGAAGUUUAAGGAGGGCCCCGUGGGGAGGACCGGACUGUCCAGUUUUGGCGUUUCGGCUAAGGAAUAUGUGGCCGUCCAGGUGGCGCUGGGUGUUCUGGCGCUUCUCUUCGUGCUCAACAUCAUCGAACCUACGGUGACGAACAACUCGGCACUUCGUGGCCUGGGUUUCUGCGACAAGUUGGUUCGACAAGAGUUUCCCGACAUCCCAGACUAUGCUGAAGUGCCUGAACUUGUCAAAGAACAGGUUGAGGUGUGGCUUCAUGCGAUGGAGAAGAGCAUCGGCACAAGAUCGUUGCUCUAUCUAGAUUUGGACAAGAAGGUGUACUGCGAUGAGAUAUCCUCAGGUGACUCUUGCUCUUCCGUUCAAUCCUUCAGCGGGCCUCGGCGCGUUCUAAAUGACUUGGACGACGAAGUGAGGAACACUGGAAUCAGGCAAGUGGAUCUGGUGCUUCUUCGCUUCCCAGACUUCUCUGAUAGUGAAGUCUCUGCAGAAGAGUUAGAGCUUCGGACAACUGCCAUUGCGGUAAUUUUUGACCGUGCGAGAACAUCGACGGAGGCGUGGAUGUCGCUCCUGACUACGGCCUCCGUCAUUGUCAUCAUCCUCGCCGGAAUUGUCUUGCUGACCAGGGAUUUGACUUUCCUCUCCCACCAUCUGCUGAGGCCUCUGCGUGAUCUUGCCGAUGACAUGGAAAGCAUCGCGCAGUUCGCCGGCGUAGGAAGCGAGGAAGAGGCUGGGGGGGAGCCCGAGACUAGCGAGGUGCUUCUCAUCAGGAGGACUUUCGACAACAUGAAGAAAGCUGUUCGGUCGUGGGGCAAGUACGUUCCACUGCCAGUUGUGCAGCUGCUUCUGAGAGAUGGCGAGGAGGCCAAGCUGGAGGUGAGGGAGCGAAAGGUAACCAUGUUCUUCUCUGACAUCGCCAACUUCACAACGAUAGUGGAGAGCAUCGAGCCGGCUGCCUGCCUGGUUCUUCUCAGCCGCUACUUCAAUGACAUGUCCAAGGUCAUCGACGAUCACAGCGGGGUUGUGCUGGAGUUCAUCGGUGAUGCGAUCCAGUGUAUCUACGGUGCACCUCUAGAAAACGAGCGCCAUCCCACCUUGGCGGUGGAGGCUGCCCUGCGCAUGCUUGGGGCCCUCCGGCGCAUCCGGGACUGGUGCCGGGAGCACCGCCUCCCUGAAGUGAACAUCAGUAUGCGGGAGUGCGACGCGUGGGAUGCCUUGGAUUCUUGUGCUUCGGUGUUGAAGACUUUGGCAGCAUCUGUACUUCCAUUUUCAGCAUCUCCCCAGCAGUCAGCCUUCAAGAUCGUGUCUUCAGCGUGUGAAGACGAGCUGGUCCUCUCUUGCGAUCCGGCGGAAGUGGUGGAUGCACACGGCUUGGAUAUGGUGGCUGUGGAGCUCUUGCGCGAAGCCAUGGAUGGACUAGCAGCCGCACAUUUUGGUCGCCGGGAACAGGCCCGACUUGUGGUCUUGGGUGCUGCACUCCUGGCCGAAGCAGCUGCAUUGCGCAGGUCAGGCCUUUCAGUUUGGACGUUGCAAAGCGGUUUAAGGUGUGCUGCUGUCACGGCGGAAACAGCCAUUGAGAAACUACGAGUUGGCAUGCCGAGCUCGUGCAAGAUCCGGAUUGCGGAGAACGAUAUCGCCGGACUUGGGGACGAAGACGAUGUGAGCUGGUUCUUCACUGCCAUCGAAGAGCCACAUAAGACAGACUCCGACGUGCGUGUCGCAGCCUGCAAACCAGGCAGCAGCGUAGCGGCGUGCCAUGAUCCCAGCGCGAGCGACGUGAAUGACAUCUGCGCAGAGCUGUGUCGAAGGCACCGUGGCCCUGUAGAGAGCCAGCAUUGCUUUGUUUACGGACGUCAGAAGCUGGUGCGGCAGCCGACGAUGCGACUUUUCCGAGGCAUUGCUUGCCGCGUGCCCCAACAUUUUGUGUCUGGCCCCAGUGGCAUCAUGUGUCAAGUCACGAAUGCUACGCAGAUGGCGGCGGUAAGAAAGCAGUUCUUCCGAAGUGUUUGCUUGGACGCAGACCUUGUCUCUGCAGCCUAUGACUCUUGUGCCCCACCGCAGCGACGAACGAAGGAGCAAGUCUUUCAGAAUUCAGGCACCCUUUUGCCAUCUAGUCUUCGCGAACGGCAGAAGGUGUCGGAAGCGAUUCGCACGUUGGCAGAGCGCGGUACGGAGGCCUUACUCGUUUCGGGAGAGGUCUCGGAUGCGGUUUCUGAGCUCUGCCGUAUUGAAGGACUUCUCUUAGUCGGUGGCCUCCCUGCACGGCUACUCCAUGCUUUGGCAAAGGACCUCGAAGCCGAGGUCCUGCAUGGACUACCAGCACUCCCUUCGGCGAUUGACACACCCGAGGUACCUCCGUGGCAAGCGAGGCAUGCGCUUCGAGUAGAGCUGGUAGAUCGAGAGUGCUCACGAUGUGACUUCGUCUUCCCACUGCUGGGUUAUCGCCAGCCUCUGCUGCCGCACCAGACCCACCAGAGCGGUACAGCCGAUGAGCUUGUGGAUCCGUUUUGGGAGCUUUGGGCGGCUUCUGCUGACGGUGGCAUGCCGGCGGCCUCCAUAGUGCUUUUGGAGAGCAGCUGUGAGCCUCAGCUGCGGCAGCUUCAUGCAGAGCUUCACGAUACUUUCCUGCAGCAACUGAGUUCCCAACCGGGCAGUGGCAAAGUAGACAGCAGUUGGAUGGUCAAGACAGCGGAAGCUUUGGAGGAGUCUGCGGUUUCGGCAGACUUUCCUGCACUCAUGACUGCAAGCGAGCAAGAACCUUCUCUUGCACCCUGGCUGCAUCGGCAGGGAGACUUGACUGGCAACCAUGCGGGAUGCCGAGCUAUGGCAUCGGCGCUGCGACAAGUUGCAGCGACAGAAGGUGACUACUGCAAGAGAUGCUGCGGCGAUGGUGCGGAAGAAGAUGUUAACCUGGAGCCUGAGACAGGCCUGGCAGCUCUUGCGGUGCUGCAACGAGGAACACGUUUGGUGGAAGUGAUUCUCUCGCUCGAUGAAGCGUGUGGAAUUCACACUGGCAAUGUGCUUGUUGGCAACAUGGGCUUCUCCUCCCGCAUGAAGUACGGCAUCGUGGGCGAAGAGUCCACCAUUGCAGGCAAGCUAGAGGAGAUGAACAAAACGUACAAGACGCGGAUACUGAUAUCGGACAGCACUUAUGAGAUGCUGGAUCCGAGUGAAUUCUUCAUUCGCCCCGUGGACUUCGUGAAUCUAAGACAGGUACAGGAGAAGGACACGAGCGAACUUGUGCACGAGGUAAUGCCGAUGAAAACGAAAAAGCCAUCGAGCCCAUUAAAGCGAAUCAUUUCGCUGCAUGCGGAGGGAAUCUGCGAGUACAGGCGCAAGGAGUUUUCCAGCGCGGCACGGAAGUUUGAGCAGGUGAACACCAUCCUGGCUGAUUUUAACGGGGAAGAUGACGUUCCAUCUUCUUUGAGCCUGAGCUGCACGAUUUGGAGUGCUGCGCCGUUGUCGCUCUGA